AUGCUAUCUUUCGCCUUGGCCUUGGUUGGCAUUCUGGCACCAGUUGGCUCAUACGCCAGCGACCCAGGUCCAUCCGCUUGCGCCAACAUUACAUCCCAACUUGGAUCUUCGAAGGUUGUCAAUAACAGGUUCAGUCUGAAGUACCACGAGAGCACUGAGUAUUGGAGUACGCCCCAGGGUGACCAUAAACCGGCCUGCAUUGUCUAUCCCACAACCUCAAAGGAUGUCUCGACAAUCCUUCAGUCCGUCCGGGCGGCCGACAGCCGGUUCGCGGUGAAAGGAGGAGGACACAAUCCCAACGAUUUCUUCUCGUCUACCGACAAGGGAGUACUUAUUGACUUGAGCAAGCUCAACAAGAAAUCAUAUGACUCGGAGACAACGCUGGCAACAUACGAGCCCGGUGGUGUGUUUGGCAAUAUCUACGAAUACUUCGAGCAAUUCAACCGCACAGUAGUUGGUGCUCGACUCUCGGGAGUCGGAACCGGAUUGGCCCUAGGUGGUGGCAUGAGCUACCUGUCUCCCCAGUACGGCAUGGCCUGCGAUUCAUUCAGAGAGCUGGAGAUUGUCCUUCCCAAUGGCACUAUCGUGACAGCUUCUAACACCACCAAUACCGACCUGUUCUUUGCCUCGCGGGGCGGCGGCGGCAAUGCCUACGGUAUUGUGACCAAAUACACAGUCCAGAGUCGCCCAAUUGGCGAAUUCUGGUCCGGAAACCUCAUCUACGCCUUCCCUCAGAAGGAUACCGUCGCUGACGCCAUUGGCGAUUUCAUCCAAUACAACACCGACCCCAAAGCAGCCAUCAUCGGAACCUAUGAGAAGCUGCCCACCCCAGAUAUAAACCUGAACCUCGAUGAGAUAAUCAUCAUGUUCCUCGUCUACGACGGGCCCGACCCCGGCACUGCCUUCGAUAACUUCACCAGCAUCCCCCACCUCCUCGACACCUCCAAAAUCAGAUCAUACCCGGAAGUUGUCGACAUGCCCAUUCCGGUCGCGACCGAGAUUUCACGCGGAAACAACAUCUUCCGCGUUGGCGUGCAUUACGCCGAUAACGACGAGUACAAAUUUGCUCUGGACAAGUGGCGCGCCUGGGGCGAGGAGCACAAGGGCAAAUACCUUCUUCUCUCGCUCGAUUACCAGCCCGUUCCCAAGAGCUUGACUGAUGCCAGCAAGGCCCAGGGUGGAAACGCCAUGGACAUGCCAGAUGGCCCGUGGUUCUGGUUGAACUAUCUGCUUACUACGCCGCCUGGGAUGAGUAAGACCGCUGUUGAUGCUGUGCGGUCGAGCUUCAGAGAUAUGGUUGAGUCGACGGGUAAUGCGGAAGGUCUUCCGCUGUUCAUUAAUGAUGCGAGCGCUGAUCAGCAUCCUCUGUCGACCUUCUCUACCUAUUCCAGGCUGCAGGAGAUUAAGCAGAAGUACGACCCGGAUAACUUCUUUGCUGAUAAGACAGGUGGUUGGUCAUUUGAGUAA